AUGACGGAAAAACAAGAAUUCUCGGCGUUUCCGUACAAGCCGUACUCGAUCCAAGUCGAUUUCAUGAAUGCGCUCUAUCAGUUUCUGGACAAGGGUGGCGUUUCCAUGCUCGAAAGCCCCACUGGCACUGGAAAAUCUCUAAGCAUCAUCUGCAGUGCCCUACAGUGGCUAAUUGACCGCAAGGAGAAAGGAAAAUCAGGAUCCGACAAGGCUGUUGAGGAAUUCUCCUACGACGAGCCCGAUUGGAUGAGAAAUUUUGCUGUCAAUGAAAAUCAUUCUGACAAGACCAUCAAAAACAGCAGCACAUCCCCAUUUCGGCUCAGGAAACAUGCCAAGGAAGUUUUCUCGCAAGUGCAAGUCUCUGUGAAGAAACACGAGGAGGAUGACUUAAGCGAUCAAGAAUUCUUGUUGGAAGAAUACGAAAGCCAAGAUGAAUCAUCUUCAAAGAGAAAACCCGCUGGAGUUUUUGACAGCUCAUCCGAGGAUGAUGACGAAGAUGAAACGGAAAACGAAGAAGGAGGACUCAAGGUUUUCUUUUGCAGCCGAACACAUUCACAGCUUUCUCAAUUUGUCAAGGAGCUGAGGAAGACUGUCUUUGCCAAAAAUCUCAGAGUUGUAUGUCUAGGCUCGCGAAAUAACAUGUGCAUAAACGAAGAUGUUCUUAAGCUUGGGAAUGUGGUCCGGAUCAACGAGAGGUGCUUGGAUUUGCAAAAGAAGAAGAAAUCUCAAGUCUCCAAAAAGAAGAAUUUAGGUACAACUGUAAGGGUAGGACGAACCAAAGCAUCUUGCAGAUGCCCAAUGCUUAGAAAAAAUACACUACAGAGAGAAUUCAAGGCUGAGGUUUUUCAACAAGAAGCCAUGGACAUUGAGGAUCUUGUUCAACUUGGACGGGAGAUGAAAACUUGUCCAUACUAUGGUUCAAGAAGAAUGGCCCCGGCAGCUGAUCUUGUUAUCCUUCCGUAUCAGUCUCUUCUAUCAAAGUCGUCACGGGAAUCUCUUGGCCUAAACUUGAAAAACAAUGUUGUCAUCAUAGACGAGGCUCACAAUUUGGCUGACACUCUUCUCAGCAUGCACGAUGCAAAAAUAACAGUGUCACAGUUGGAGGAUGUACAUUGCAGCAUAGAACAUUAUCUGGGAAGAUUCCAGAAUCUAUUGGGAGCUGGAAACCGUAGAUAUAUCCAAACUCUGUUGAUUCUCAUCCGAGCUCUCCUCAAACCUAUUGCCAGUGACAGGAUCCUGAACACCGUAAAUAAUGGGCUUGAUACAGGAAAUCACUCUAAAAGCAAGCCUUCUGGUGGUUGCUCGAUGGCAAUAUAUGACUUUUUAUUCUCUCUAAAUAUAGACAAUAUCAAUUUGGUCAAGUUACUCGCCUAUAUAAAGGAAAGCAAUAUCAUUCAUAAGGUCAGUGGAUAUGGAGAGAGAGUUGCUAUGUUUAAGAAAGAUCCAGUGGCCCAUGAAAUGAGCAAGUUAACAAGUUUUAGAGCGUUGUUUGAUAUGUUGGUAGCACUCACUCAUAACAAUGGUGAUGGGCGGAUAAUAAUCUCAAAGAGGACUUCGUCUACCUCUGGCCAACAAGGAGGGUACAUUAAAUAUGUCAUGCUCACUGGAGCAAAGUUAUUUUCGGAGGUGGUGGAUGAAGCUCAUGCUGUCGUAUUGGCUGGUGGGACUCUUCAACCUAUAGAAGAGACAAGGGAACGACUCUUUCCAUGGCUACCAUCAAAUCAGCUGCAGUUCUUCUCAUGUAGUCACAUUGUUCCCCCUGAGAGUAUAAUGCCAAUCGCAAUUUCACAUGGUCCGACUGGACAGUCUUUUGACUUUAGCCACAGUUCAAGAAGCUCAACUGAAAUGAUACAGGAGUUAGGACUGCUAAUGAGUAACCUGGUGGCAGUGGUUCCUGAAGGAGUUAUCGUCUUUUUCUCCUCUUUUGAGUAUGAAACACAGGUGCACACAGCGUGGAGUAACUCGGGGAUACUCAGAAGAAUAAUGAAGAAGAAGCGUGUGUUCAGAGAACCCAGAAGAAACACUGAAGUAGAAGCUGUUCUCAGAGACUAUAAAGAAACAAUAGAAAGCGAAAGAGGGGCAAUAAUGCUAGCUGUGGUUGGUGGGAAGGUGUCAGAAGGAAUCAACUUCAGCGACAGCAUGUGUCGGUGUGUUGUGAUGGUUGGUCUGCCGUAUCCCAGCCCGUCUGAGAUUGAAUUGUUGGAGAGAAUAAAGCAUAUAGAAGGUCUUGGAGAUUCAGGAUCCGCAAAACCUUGUCUGGGUUUGGUUGACGAUUCUUACUACAGUGGAGAUGUGCAAGAAGGGUUUGGCGUAUUAAAGAGCUGCAAACGGAGAGGGAAAGAAUACUAUGAAAAUCUGUGUAUGAAAGCAGUUAACCAAUCAAUCGGUAGAGCAAUCAGGCACGUAAAGGACUAUGCAGCCAUUCUACUGGUAGAUGCUCGAUACUCCAAUGAUCCUGCUUCAAAAAGAACAUCUCACCCAUCCAGCAAGCUCCCAAAGUGGAUCAAAGAUCGUCUUAUUUAUUCCACCAAAGGCUAUGGAGACGUUCACAGAAUGUUGCACCAAUUCUUCAAACAUAAAAAUGUUAACUAAAAAGCCAAUCAGCAUUAGAGAAAAGAGUGAAGCAUCAUCUAUGUUGGAAUAGAUCCUUGGCACUCUUUUUUUUUGGGUAUCAAAACAAAGUGGAAAGAGAAAAAGGCAUAUAGCAAAAGAAUUUCAUUUAAUCUGUUUUUCUGGGUUUU